AAAUUCAGAAACUCUGUCUUUAAUAGAUUGUUGUAGAUUUCAAAGACUGAUGCUCAGUUUCUUUUGACUUUCAAGCUCACAUAAGUUAAGGGUAAAAAGAAAUGCAGCUGCUUUUACUUGGAGUCCCAUUUUACGGGAUGGAUUAGAGGAUCAGAGUCUGUGUCCUUAGAUGAAAUUGUAUAUGCAAAGUUAUGCAGCAUACAAAGCUACAGGAUUUUGUUGAGGUGAUUAGAACAAUCAUGAUAGGCCCAGCCCCACAUUUUUGAAUCUAAAAGUCAUUAGUUAGGGACCCGAGAGUUCCUGCUCUGGAGGAAGUUCAAGUGGUUGCUGGGGAUACCGUUCUUCUUCUGGUGCUUGCCUCUAAAGCCAGGAAGUGAAUUUCUUACUGGCAACAGUUUGUGUACCUGCAUCUCAUCCAGUUGCUGCUCCAGGUUCUCUUAUGUGCAUGAAGUUCUAUAGGAAAGGGUCAGGAGACUUGAGACUUAACUGUAUAGUAGUAAAACCUGGUACUAACUAUGCCAGUGAAUUUCCAGCCCUAAUUCUGAAGUUCUUGAAUAGAAAACACUUUCAAAGAAGUGUCUGUCUCCCCUCUUCCAUUUCCAAAAAAAGUUGUUGACCAGAACCUGAAAGAGAACUUGUGAUAAUCUCUCAGGAGGCCUGAAGCUUGACAAAGCCCAUUCUCUGGCUAUCUUUAAAACCUUGAUCAUCAGAUGCAGUCACCUGGUGUUUUCUGGACUCUCGGGUGCUUGCGUAGUACACUGUCCAUUCCCCACUCACCAGUUCAUUAAAGGACAAAACACUUAGGCUAUCCACACAUCACCUGAUAGACACUGAUAGAAACACUAGUCUCUUUUCUUAUAUCAAUCCAGUAGUAGGUAAGGUCCAACCUUAGCUUGGCCUCGGCAAAGCUCUUUCAAUCCGCCUCUACUUAUCAGGCUCUCCCUAACCACCUCUGCAGCCUGUGGCCUUCUGACCCUAGAGUCAGACAGAGUUAGGAAAGUAGGUGGGACGGCGGCAGAAGGCGGUGGCGCAGCGGUACCUAGUGGCACCGCCAAGCCACAUCCAGUGUACGUGGCACUGGCAGUUGACAGACAGGGAGGGGACUGGGUUUUCUCCUCCCUGGGAGGAGCCUCAAGGCAUCCAGCAGAGGAGGGAGAUUCCUUGAAAGGAUCAGGGCGUGUCUUUGGAGAGAUCUUAGCAGAGUAAAGCCAGGCGUUGGCCUUAUAUCUCACAUUGCAUUCUCCACUCCGAGUAAAGUCCGCUUUACCGGGCUAGCAGGAGAGACUGGAUUGGGGGUUAAGCGAGGUACUCGCCAGCCCGCAUGCGCGGAGCUGCAGCGGUCGGACUACAACUCCCAGAGGAGUCUUGGUAAGGCCGCCUACCCCGGCGCCAUCUUGAAAUCUGAUGCUCCAUCUCCCGGGCUUUGCGUCAGCUCUGAGCCGACACUACUGUCCUGGAGCCUAGCCUGCCCGCCCCGGAGGACGUAGAGGACAAGGCGGCCCGCGGGAGAGACAGCUGUGGGGGCCCUGGCAGCGACCUCGCGCAGCUUGUACCCUGUCACUCAGCAUCCCCGUCGGUGUUGCGCCCGCGCCCGCCCCCUGCCCGAGGGGCGGGGCUGCUCUUGUGGUACCCAGAGCCUGCGCGCGCUGAGUUGUGCCCCUGCCCAGUGAGGACCUGGGACUGGGCCAUGCCAGCUCCAGACCAUCCAGGUGGGAAGAGGACCGCAUCCCUGAGCCGGUGAGCAACCCGCAGCUGUGGCCGCUACAGAGAAGUUCCGCACCCUCCAGGAGUGAAGAUGAAAGAGAUUUGCAGGAUCUGUGCCCGGGAGCUGUGUGGAAACCAGCGGCGUUGGAUCUUCCAUACCGCGUCCAAGCUCAACCUCCAGGUUCUGCUUUCGCACGUCCUAGGCAAAGAUGUCUCUCGUGAUGGCAAAGGCGAGUUUGCUUGCAGCAAGUGUGCUUUUAUGCUCGAUCGCAUCUAUCGAUUCGAUACUGUCAUUGCUAGGAUCGAAGCCCUUUCUCUUGAGCGCUUACAGAAGCUGCUUCUGGAAAAGGAUCGCCUCAAGUUCUGCAUUGCCAGUAUGUAUCGGAAGAAUAAUGAUGAUUCUGGCGAGGAGAACAAGGCGGGGAGUGGGACGGUAGACAUUUCCGGCUUGCCAGAUAUGAGGUACGCUGCACUGCUUCAAGAAGACUUUGCCUAUUCAGGGUUUGAGUGUUGGGUAGAAAAUGAGGAUCAGAUUAACGACUCACACAGCUGUCAUGCUUCUGAAGGGCCCGGAAACCGACCCAGGAGAUGCCGUGGUUGUGCAGCUUUGCGGGUUGCAGAUUCCGACUAUGAAGCCAUUUGUAAGGUGCCUCGAAAAGUGGCCAGAAGUAUUUCUUAUGCCCCCUCUAGCAGGUGGUCUACCAGCAUUUGCACUGAAGAACCAGCAUUGUCAGAAGUUGGGCCACCAGACUUACCAAGCACAAAAGUACCCCCGGAUGGAGAAAGCAUGGAGGAAGGGACACCAGGUUCCUCUGUGGAAUCUCUGGAUGCUAGUGUCCAGGCUAGUCCUCCACAACAGAAAGAUGAGGAAACGGAGAGGAGUCCGAAAGAACUUGUAAAAUGUGACUACUGUUCUGAUGAACAGGCUCCACAGCACUUGUGUAACCACAAACUGGAGCUAGCUCUUAGCAUGAUUAAAGGUCUUGAUUAUAAGCCCAUUCAGAGUCCCAGAGGGAGCAAGCUUCCUAUUCCAGUGAAAUCCAUCCUACCUGGAGCCAAGCCUGGCCAUAUCAUGACAAAUGGAGUUAGUUCCAGUUUCCUUAACAGGCCUUUGAAACCCCUUUACAGGACACCUGUGAGUUAUCCUUGGGAGAUUUCAGACCUACAGGAGCUGUGGGAUGAUCUCUGUGAUGAGUAUUUGCCCAUCGGGUUCCAGCCCAUGCCUAAAGGGUUACCCACGCAACAAAAGCCAGACCUAAAUGAGACCCCUACAACCCAGCCAUCUGUGUCUGAUUCCCACCUGGCAGAACUCCAGGACAAAAUCCAGCAAACAGAGGCCACCAACAAGAUUCUUCAAGAGAAACUAAAUGACAUGAGCUGUGAGCUAAAAUCUGCACAGGAGUCAUCUCAGAAGCAAGAUACGACAAUCCAGAGCCUCAAGGAAAUGCUAAAAAGCAGGGAAAGUGAGACUGAGGAGCUGUACCAGGUGAUUGAAGGUCAAAACGACACGAUGGCAAAGCUUCGAGAAAUGCUGCACCAGAGCCAGCUCGGACAGCUCCAUAGCUCAGAGGGCAUUGCCCCUGCUCAGCAACAAGUGGCCCUGCUUGAUCUGCAGAGUGCUCUAUUCUGCAGCCAGCUUGAAAUACAGAAGCUCCAGAGGCUGGUACGCCAGAAAGAACGCCAGCUGGCUGAUGGCAAGCGAUGCAUGCAGUUUGUGGAGGCUGCAGCUCAGGAGAGAGAGCAACAGAAGGAAGCUGCUUGGAAACAUAACCAGGAAUUACGAAAGGCUCUACAACAUCUCCAAGGAGAACUGCACAGAAAGAGCCAACAGCUCCACAUUCUGGAGGCGGAAAAAUAUAAUGAGAUUCGAACCCAGGGACAAAACAUUCAACACCUAAGUCACAGUCUGAGUCACAAAGAGCAGCUAAUUCAGGAACUUCAGGAGCUCCUACAGUAUCGGGAUAACACAGACAAAACUCUAGACACAAAUGAGGUGUUUCUUGAGAAAUUGCGGCAACGAAUACAAGACCGAGCUGUUGCUCUAGAGCGCGUUAUAGAUGAAAAGUUCUCUGCUCUAGAAGGAAAGGACAAGGAGCUGCGGCAGCUUCGCCUCGCUGUGAGAGACCGAGACCAUGACUUAGAGAGACUGCGCUGUGUCCUGUCCGCCAAUGAAGCUACCAUGCAAAGCAUGGAGAGUCUCCUGAGGGCCAGAGGACUGGAAGUGGAGCAGUUAACUGCCACCUGCCAAAACCUCCAAUGGCUGAAAGAAGAACUGGAAACCAAAUUUGGCCAUUGGCAGAAGGAACAGGAGAGCAUCAUUCAGCAGUUGCAGACAUCUCUGCACGACAGGAACAAAGAAGUAGAGGAUCUCAGUGCAACUUUGCUCCGUAAACUUGGACCUGGUCAGAGUGAAGUAGCUGAGGAACUGUGCCAACGCCUGCAGCGAAAGGAAAGGAUGCUGCAGGACCUUCUGAGUGACCGGAACAAACAAGCUGUGGAGCAUGAGACAGAGAUCCAGGGACUGCUCCAGUCGAUGGGCACCAGGGAGCAGGAGAGACAGGCUGCUGCAGAAAAAAUGGUACAAGCCUUCAUGGAAAGAAACUCGGAAUUGCAGGCCCUGCGCCAGUAUUUAGGAGGCAAAGAGUUAAUGGCGUCAUCACAGACGUUCAUCUCUAACCAGCCAGCUGGAGUGACUUCCAUCGGCCCCCACCAUGGAGAACAAACUGAUCAAGGUUCUAUGCAGAUGCCCUCUCGAGAUGAUAGCACCUCGCUGACUGCCAGAGAGGAAGCCAGCAUACCCCGGUCCACACUGGGAGACUCGGACACGGUGGCAGGGCUGGAGAAAGAACUGAGCAACGCCAAGGAGGAGCUCGAGCUCAUGGCCAAAAAAGAAAGAGAAAGCCAGAUAGAACUGUCUGCCCUGCAGUCCAUGAUGGCUGUGCAAGAGGAGGAGCUGCAGGUGCAGGCUGCUGACCUGGAGUCCCUGACCAGGAAGAUACAGAUAAAAGAAGACCUCAUAAAGGACCUGCAAAUGCAACUGGUUGACCCUGAAGAUAUACCAGCCAUGGAGCGCCUGACCCAAGAGGUCUUACUUCUUCGGGAAAAAGUUGCUUCAGUGGAAUCCCAGGGUCAGGAAGUAUCAGGGAACAAGAGACAGCAGUUGCUGCUGAUGUUAGAAGGACUAGUGGAUGAACGGAGUCGGCUCAACGAGGCCCUGCAAGCUGAGAGGCAACUCUACAGCAGCCUGGUCAAGUUCCAUGCCCAACCAGAGAACUCUGAGAGAGACCGAACUCUGCAGGUGGAACUGGAAGGGGCCCAGGUAUUACGCAGUCGACUAGAAGAAGUUCUUGGAAGAAGCCUGGAGCGCUUAAGCAGGCUGGAGACCCUGGCCGCCAUUGGAGGUGCUACUGCAGGCGAUGAGACUGAAGAUACAAGCACGGAGUUCACAGACAGCAUUGAGGAGGAGGCUGCACACAACAGCCACCAGCAACUCAUCAAGGUGGCUUUGGAGAAAAGCCUGGCAACCAUGGAGACCCAGAACAUAUGUCUUCAGCCUUCUUCCCCAGAAGGAGAGGACAGUAACAGGUGUCUUCAGGAGGAAAUGCUCCACCUGAGGGCUGAAAUCCACCAGCACUUAGAGGAGAAGAGAAAAGCUGAGACAGAACUCAAGGAGCUAAAGGCUCAAAUUGAGGAAGCAGGAUUCUCCUCUGUGUCCCACAUCAGGAACACCAUGCUGAGCCUUUGCCUUGAGAAUGCAGAGCUGAAAGAGCAGAUGGGAGAAGCAAUGUCUGAUGGAUGGGAGGUCGAGGAAGACAAGGAGAAGGGCGAGGUGAUGGUGGAGACUGUGGUCGCCAAAGGGGGUCUGAACGAGAACAGCCUUCAGGCUGAGUUUAGGAAAGUCCAGGGGAAACUCAAGAGUGCCCACAACAUCAUCAACCUCCUCAAAGAACAGCUGGUCCUGAGCAGCACGGAAGGGAACAGUAAAGAGAUGCCAGAGCUCCUCGUGCGCCUGGCCAGGGAGGUGGACAGAAUGAACACAGGCCUGCCUUCCUCAGGGAAGCAGCAGCAGCAAGAGCAGGAGAAUCCGACCUCAAGGCCGAGCCCCAGACCCCAGAGCCUCGCGCUUAGGGCAGCUGGCUCAGUGGAUGGCUACCAACUGAAGAACAAGUCCCAGGCCCCAGACUCUGGACCUCAGCUAGAAUUUAGCCUCCCGGGCUCCACCAAACACCUGCGCUCCCAGCUGGCUCAGUGCAGACAACGGUACCAAGAUCUCCAGGAGAAGUUGCUCAUCUCAGAAGCCACCGUGUUUGCCCAGGCAAACCAGCUGGAGAAGUACAGGGCUGUAUUGAGCGAAUCCCUGGUGAAGCACGACAGCAAGCAGAUCCAGGUGGACCUUCAAGACCUGGGCUACGAGACUUGUGGUCGGAGUGAGAAUGAAGCUGAGCGUGAGGAGACCACCAGCCCCGAGUGCGAGGAGCACAAUAACCUGAGGCCCAUGCUCCUGGACGGGCUGUGCUCUGAGCAGGGGUACCCGGCCCCUGUUGUGGUCAGCCCACCUGCAAAGAAGCCCUUGGAGAACAAGCUGGGGGAGCAAGAGGAGUUCCAGGCCCAAGGAACUCCAGACGACAGUUCUCUCCUGAGGAAGGACAUCCGAGAUCUGAAAGCCCAGCUACAGAAUGCCAACAAGGUCAUUCAGAACCUGAGGAGCAGGGUCCGGUCCCUGUCUGCCACAAGCGAUUACUCGUCGAGUCUGGAGAGACCCCGAAAGCUAAGAGCUGUGGCAACCCUUGAGGGAGCGUCACCCCACAGCGUCACUGAUGAAGAUGAGGGGUGGCUGUCGGAUGGCACUGGGGCUUUUUACCCUCCAGGGCUCCAGGCCAAAAAGGAUCUAGAGAAUCUCAUCCAGAGAGUGUCCCAGCUGGAGGCCCAGCUCCCCAAAACUGGACUAGAGGGGAAGCUGGCCGAGGAGCUGAGAUCUGCCUCGUGGCCUGGAAAAUAUGAUUCCUUGAUUCAGGAUCAAGCCCGAGAACUGUCAUAUCUGCGUCAAAAAAUACGAGAAGGGCGAGGGAUAUGUUACCUUCUCACCCAACAUGCAAAAGACACUGUAAAAUCCUUUGAGGACCUCCUGAGGAGCAACGACAUUGACUACUACCUGGGCCAGAGCUUCCGGGAGCAGCUAGCCCAAGGAGGUCAGCUGACAGAGAGGCUCACCAGCAAACUCAGCACAAAGGAUCAUAAGAGUGAAAAAGAAGAAGCUGGGCUUGAGCCACUGGCCCUCAGGCUCAGCAGGGAACUACAGGAGAAGGAGAAAGUGAUUGAAGUCCUGCAGGCCAAGCUGGAUACCCGGUCUCUCUCACCCCCCAGCAGCCAUGCCGUGUCUGACUCCCACCGCUCUGCCAGCAGCACCUCCUUCCUGUCAGAUGACAUCGAAGCCUGCUCUGACAUGGAUGUAGCCAGCGAGUACACACACUAUGAAGAGAAGAAAUCCUCACCCAGUCACUCAGCAGCCAGUGCAUCUCAGGGGCUUAAGGGCGAGUCCAGCAGCAGCCCCAUCAGCUUGCCAACUCCCCAGAAUCCCCCUAAGGAGGCCAGCCAGGCCCAUCCAGGCUUUCACUUUAACUCCAUACCCAAGCCGGCUAGCCUUUCCCAGGCACCAAUGCACUCCACUCUGCCCAGCUUCCUGCCUUUUAGCCUCUCUGGGCCUCCCCUUCUUGGUUGCUGUGAGACACCGGUGGUGUCCUUGGCAGAGGCUCAACAAGAGCUGCAGAUGCUGCAGAAGCAGCUGGGAGAAAGUGUUAGCACUGCUCCUCCCGCCUCCACAUCCACGCUGCUCAGCAACCAUACAGAAGCUAGCUCUCCUCACUACGUCAACCCUGCUCAGCCCCACUCUCCAACAAGGGCAACCAUAGAGCUGGGCAGAAUCCUGGAGCCUGGAUACCUGGGUAGCAGCGGCCAGUGGGACAUGAUGAGGCCUCAGAAAGGGAGUGUCUCUGGGGAGCUGUCCUCAGGCUCCUCGAUGUACCAGCUAAACUCCAAACCCACAGGAGCCGACCUGUUGGAAGAGCACUUAGGUGAGAUCCGGAGCCUGCGCCAGCGUCUGGAGGAGUCCAUAUGUGUCAAUGACCGGCUACGGGAGCAGCUGCAGCACAGGCUCAGCUCCACUGCCCGAGAAAAUGGUUCCACCUCUCACUUCUAUGGUCAGGGACUGGAGUCCAUGCCUCAGCUCUUCAGUGAGAACAGAGCCCUAAGGGAAGAAAACCAAAGCCUGCAGACACGGCUCAGUCACGCUUCCAGAGGACACUCCCAGGAAAUGGACCACCUGCGGGAGGCUCUGCUCUCCUCAAGAUCCCAGCUUCAAGAGCUGGAGAAGGAGCUGGAACAGCAGAAGACUGAGCGGCAGCAGCUUCUGGAAGACUUGCAGGAGAAGCAGGCUGAGAUCGUGCAUUUCCGAGAAGAGAGGCUGUCCCUCCAGGAAAACAACUCCAGGCUGCAGCACAAGCUGGCCCUCCUGCAACAACAGUGCGAAGAGAAACAGCAGCUCUCCCUGUCCCUGCAGUCAGAGCUCCAGAUCUACGAGUCCCUCUGCGAAAAUCCUAAGAAGGGCUUGAAAGCUUUCAGCCUAGAUUCCUGUCAUCAAGUCCCGGGUGAGUUAAGCUGCCUGGUGGCAGAGAUUCGAGCGCUGAGAGGACAGCUGGAGCAGAGCAUUCAAGUGAACAACCGCCUGAGGCUGCAACUGGAACAGCAGAUGGAUCGUGGGGCCAGCAAAGCCAACAUCAGCCCCUCCCCUGUUGGCCAGAGCUUCUCAGCCAAGGUGGAGCCCGCAAACCCACAGCCACUCUUCCAAGGUUCAGCUGCUUCCCCUCCGGUCCGGGAUGUUGGCUUGAAUUCUCCAGUCAUGGUCCUCUCCAGCUCUUCUUGCUCCGUUCCUAGCUCAGACCCUGCCAUCAUCACCAGGACAGAUGAGCUAGGUCCAGAUGAACCUGCAGUGAUGAAGAACCCUCCCAGGCUGGAGGAUGAGGCUACUGAUGGCCCAUUUGCCAACAAACAUGGCAGAUAUGUCAUCGGUCAUGUUGAUGACUACAAUGCUCUACAACAGCAGAUUGGGGAAGGCAAGCUGCUGGUCCAAAAGAUACUGUCUCUCAUGAGGCCAGCAUGCAGCAUCCCUGGACGAGAAGCUCAGAGCACAGAGGUACCAGGUAACACAAGUGUCCAUGAGCUUUGGAGCAGCUCCAGGGCUCUGAGCCACACCCUAGAAGAGUCAGCAUCCCUGCUCACCAUGUUCUGGAGAGCAGCCUUGCCAAACUCGCAUGGUCCUGUACUGGUAGGCAAAGAGGGACAACUGAUGGAGAAAGAACUCCUGGACCUGAGAACCCAAGUAUCCCAACAGGAACAGCUCCUUCAGAGCACGGCUGCGCGCCUGAAGAGGGCCAACCAGAGGAAGAAAAGCAUGGAACAGUUCAUCGUGAGCCAUCUGACCAAGACCCAUGAUGUCUUGAAGAAAGCACGGACUAAUUUAGAGCACAACACUUACGAGAAUGCCUCUGUGCAGCCAUAUUCCUGUCCCAGCAAAGAUGAAAUCCUUCAGGGCUCUGAUGUGCACUCCAGCCUUGUGACCCUUGCCUUCCAGGAGCCACGCAAGAGGCAGAGCCAGAGGCCCUUAAAGGAGCAGGAAGGGUGGGCCUGCCCGCUUCUUGUGCAGCUGCCUGUCUGCUGAGGAAUGCCUGGUCCCACUCCUCCCCUGCUGGAGGUCCACAUGGGAGAGGCAGGAAAGAAAGUGGCAUCCUGGCAAGCAAUGAAUACAGUUAGCUAAGGCCCACUGGGCCCAGCACUGAGCAAAACUCAUGUAGACUGUGUAGAAGGCCUCCUGGCACUGCUUCUAGAGAGCCUCGGCGGCACAAUGCCCACCUCAGCAUCUGUCCUCAAGAUAGCCAACUCAGGGGAACUAGGACCUCACUGCCUACAAACAGAAUGUGUGGUCCCAACACCAAUGCUCCUCAGACAGUUGUAAAAGCACACACCAUUGAGUGACAGUGCCCUGCCAGACAUUGUUGGGGUUCACCAAACUCCCCUCAGAGACUCAUUCUUGAGCUAGGCCAGCCCUGUGGGCCAAGCCCAGUAGUAUGUUGGUCUCUACCACCACACCAGAAGUCUUUGAGUCUACAUAGUGAACGUGGUAACUUCUAGGUGCCCUGCACUUAGCCUAGCACCUUCUGUUUCUUACUCGAUCUCCAGUUGAACCGACUUCCUUAAGUCUGCUGUCCCCUGUAAUCCUAACUUCCCUCAGGGGAACUGGGGACUGGUGGCCACAUAUCAUGCCUAUUGAUUGAAUGUCUAGCGUACAGCACACCAGUGCCUCUUUUAAUGGCAUGGGUCAGGCCUGUUCUGUACUGAAGACUCUGUCUCCACAGUGCUCAUAGGAUGUGGGUGUGUGUAUAAAUGUAUAAUAUAGAUUUAUAUAUGUUGCUAUGGCUGUGUGUUGAAGGCCAACAUGAUGUGCAGACCGGUGGGUGGGAAGACGCUAAGCAGUCUUUCCGAUAGCUAUUAAAGCAAACUGUGUAUAAAGAAA